UUUGUUACUGUGCGUGACUGAGAGUGUGUUGAUGGGAAGAGGGGUGGCGCUGCUGCCGCCAUGACUUCGGUUUAGUCUCUGAGAGACUUUAUCAGCGACAGACUAACGGCCGCUGCUGAAGAAAUACUGAGGACGUGUUUUGAGAAAACCCUCUUCCGGUACGAGGAGGAGAUCGACCGGCAAAACAGACCAACAGACUGCUGGAGACGAGCUUCACAUCAAACCUACAGCCUGGAGGGAGAAGCUCUGAGAACGGCAUCAAGUCUCCAGCCUGAAGCCACGUCUCUGUCAGGAACAUCAUAUCCAGCUCCCUGGAAGUGAAGAAGUCAUUCAGGAUAAAUUUUGUUUGUGAGAGAUCUGGCAUUGAUGAGGGCCGACCUCACAAACACCUGACCCGUACUGAAGGAUGAGGAGGCCCGACAGUGGAAGAAGAUUCCCGAGCUUUACAGCGCGUUUGGAGAGCCGGCGCCGACGGAGAUAGAAGGCCGCUGCCGGCAGGUGAGCCUGAUCCACCGCUGCUCCGGGAACAGACAGGAUCCAGCGCAAGGAAGCAGAACGAUGCAGUUCAGAAGAUCUCCGAAGGGCCUUAAUCCUCAGAAGAACCCCACUCCUCUUUCCCCGCUGACAGCUGGGCGGGAUGCGGCGCAGGUAAACCAGAGAGGAGCGGUGACGAGAAUGGAGCUUCAUAUUUAAAAGUCCGUUUAAAAAUAAAUUCCUGGUAAGGCUCAAAUUUUAGAAGAGCUUGGCGAUCAUAGACCAGGAGAGCAGAUGCAUACAGGGUGCCAGCUUAUUAAAAAUAGUAAAAAAAGCAAACAAAACUAGGAGCGGAGCUGACAGACCGCACACGCUGGCGCCAUCAUCAUAGACACAAGAGUACGGAAGCAUUAUCUCAAAAGCCAUUUAAUUAUAACAAAAGCCAACAUUUAUAUACACAAAAACAAAAGAACUCCUCAGAAAAAAACCAGGAUGGAAAAAAAAACAUUUUCCCGUUCGACAUCCUGUCCAGAAGGGGGCGGUAACGCGUCACCAAGCUGGAGGAAACAGCCGUUUUUUGUGCUGUCGGAGCGGCUGCAGAAGCGAUGUCUUCAGUUCAGGCUCUUGGAAGCUUCAUCAGCAGACGGUUGUCGGCGGCUGCUGCGAGGAUAUCCACGAGGGCUGAACAAACCAUCGCACAGUACGAGGAGGAGCUGGACCGCCAGCGCAGGCUGCCGGACACCCGCCGGAAGUCUGAGCCUGAGGAGCAAACAGACGUUCUCACCCAGCUUCACCCGAGCGGAAUUGAGGAUCUCUGUAACCAUGAGAAGAACUGUGAUGUGAAGCAGGAGGAACCAGAACCUCCACGGAUUAAAGACGAGGAGGAGGAGGAGGAGCUCUGUGUCAAACCGAAUGAAGAGCAGCAGGACUCAGAAAAGCAGGAGACCGAGUCGCAGAAAAAAGACCUAAACCUCAAGAAACUCAAACGCUAUUACUGUCCAGAGUGUGGUAGAAGUUACCCGUUGAAGUGCCGCCUAAAAACCCACAUGAGAACUCACACGGGGGAGCAGUUUACAUGUGGAGAAUGUGGCAAAAGCUUCACGCGCCCUGAUGUCCUCACGGUCCACAUGCGGAUCCACACCGGCGCCAAGCCGUACACCUGUAAAACCUGCGGCGAGGCGUUCGGCCGCCGCGACAAACUGAACAUCCACAGAAGGAUUCACACUGGGGAAAAGCCCUUCCUGUGCCAGGAGUGUGGCAAAAACUGUGUGGAUCGGUACUAUCUGAACAAACACAUGGAAACCCACACCAGGAGGGAGGGGACAAGGGUGAGGAAGAGGAGGAGGAGGAAGAGGAAGCCUGAGUGCACCCACAGCUGGCAGACGGACAUCCAAAGAGGCGCUUGCAGCGUUCGCUUCAGUUCUGUCUGUUUACGUUUGUCCGCCGCCAUGUCUUCUGUCCAGUCUCUGAGAGACUUCAUCGGCGAGAGACUAACGACCGCUGCUGAAGAAAUACUGAGAGAGUUCGAGAAAACCAUCGUCCGGUACGAGGAGGAGAUCGACCGGCAGCGCAGACUGCUGGACACCAGCCGGAAGACUCAUCCGUCACCGAGGAACUCUGCAGUCUUCACCAAGCAUCAUGGGAGCACAGAUGAGGAUCUCCGUGAUGAGAACACCUACACCAGCGUGAAGCAGGAAGAGCCACAGAUUAAAGAUGAGGUGGAAGAGCUCUGCAUCAGCCAGGAUGAAGAGCUGCUGGAUCUGAAGGAGGAGACGGACUCCCUAAUGAUUCCUCCAUAUGAGGAAGAUCACUGCUUUGAAGAUUAUUUAAACAUUCACCAGGUAAUAACUAGCUUAACAGCCACUAAUGUCCCUGAAGAAUCGACACCCCCUGCAGAUGCAGAGACUUUAGCAGAGAAGAAAGACGACCAAGACAAAAGUCUCAUCAGUAAAACGGUUAGCCUGUCGGGAAGUCAGCCCUACUCUGACUCAAAAAAAUCGAAGAAGUCCUUCACGCAGAAGUCGCAAAAACUCCCAGAUGGAGACAGGUUUCCCUGUGAAGUGUGUGGUAAAAGUUUCCGCACGGCUGCGAUCCUGGUCGCCCAUAUGAGGAUCCACACGGGGGAGAAGCCCUUCUCCUGUAACGUGUGCGGCAAACGCUUCACGGCGUGCGGGACGCUGGCGAACCACAUGAUUAUCCACGUCAACAAGAGGCCGUUCUCCUGCUUGCUGUGCGACAAAAGCUUCAAGCAACGACGACACCUGAACGUCCACAUGAGGGUCCAUUCGGGAGAAAAGCCCUACUCCUGUGAGGAAUGCGGCUUGAGUUACAAAAGCAACAGCGCGCUAAAAAGUCACAAAAGAGUCCAUGCUGCAGAUGAUGACCUAGAGGGCACGGAUCAGGGGGCUGACGCCACGGGAUGUCCCACCGCUUGUGAGAAACCCUUUAAUAAGGAGACGCAGAAACAAGACAAGAGCUAUACGUGUGAACAAUGUGGUAAGAGUUUCAGUCAGGACCUCGGGCUGAUGAGACACAUGCGACUCCACACAGACGAGAGGCCUUUUGUGUGCAAAGUUUGCGGGAAAACCUUCAAACAGAGCGUAAGUCUGAAAAACCACACCAGAAUCCACACGGGCGAGAAGCCCUUCUCCUGUAAAGUCUGUGGCAGAAGUUUCACGCUGGGCUCCACGCUGAUUCGACACAUGAAGGUCCACACCGGGGAGAGGCCCUUCCUGUGUAAAGUCUGCGGCAAAACGUUUGUGAAACGAGAUCACCUGCAAGGCCACACGAGGAUCCACACCGGAGAGACUCCCUUCUCAUGCCAAGUGUGUGGAAAAAGCUUCAAGCUGAGCGUGAACCUGAAGAGCCACCUGAGGAUCCACACAGGAGAGAGGCCGUUCUCCUGCGAGGUUUGUGGCAGGCGUUUUGUGCAGAAUAGUCAGCUGAAAGUCCACAUGCGCAUGCACGUGACCAGCCCAAACGAGCCCCUCGCCUGUGAGGAAUGCGGGCAAACCUUCAGUCAGAUCAGGAAACUCAAGAGGCACAUGGCCGCCCACAGCAGACACAAGUCCAUCGCCUGUGAGGAGUGUGGAGAAACCUUUGGAAGUACGUUAACGUUCAACGAUCACAUGAAGAUUCACACCUCGGAGGAGGCGCUCCUCCGUCAGUCUCAAAGCGUCAGUGUGGAGCGGUGCUGAGCACCAGGACUCAACUGCUUUGUUCUGCAUGUUUGAGAAGAAACAUCUGGUCUUCCAUGAUACUUUUUCUGUCUUACGACCAUUGUGUGAUGAAGUUAUUACGUAAACUUGAGUAUACAGUACAGACUAAAAAUUUGGACACACCUUAUUCAAAGCUUUUUCUUUAUUUUCAUGACAAAGGCAUCAAAACUAUGAAUUAAAACAUGUGGAAUUAUAUAC